GAACCGUAGCGUUAACAUAGGUUGGCUUUCUUCAGAUUCAUUAAAGUAUAUUUGUCAGUCUGAUAUGGUUCGUUUACUUGAUUAGUUAUGAAAUGAAAACUUGUUAGUCAUCGUUAUGGCAAUACCGCUCUUACAGUCUAAGGUCUUUUAUGGCCUCAGAACAGACAUAUAUGGCAAUGCACAGUAUGUAUCAGAUGCUGAGGUUUUGUAUCCAGUGGGAAGUGCUCUUGCUGUCCACAAUUUUAAUCAGAAAAAACAGAGACUCAUCCGAUUACCGGAUAAGCGUCAAGUUAAUAUUAUAGCCCUUGCGCCAAACAAGAAAUAUGUUGCGGUAUGUGAAAAAGGCGAGAAACCUAGUAUAUCUGUCUAUGACAUCGCUUCGUUGAAAAGGAGAAAAUCUUUAGGAAUCCCUUAUGAUUGUCCUGGUGUUACAAAGUUUACGAGUGUUUCAUUCGCCUGUGACAGCAGAUAUUUAGCAGCUGUAACCGGUGAACCAGAUCAAACCAUGUUAUUCUACAAUUGGGAUAAAGGAAAGGUAGAAACCAGUGUAAAAGUUGGGAACCCUCAGAAUGCAGCAGCUGUUGUUAAAGUGAUCAGUUGUAACCCCGGAGAACUUGGAGUUGUGGCCAUAGGUGGCCCAUAUUGUUUCAAAUUCUUAACAGUUUCCGAGAGUGUAUGGCGACCCUAUGGCUUUGCUAAGGCUGAUAACUUAUUGAUUUGUUCAAUGGCAUGGUUGAACAUUGAUAGACUUCUUGCUGGUACUCGAGAUGGUAGAAUACUUUACCUGGAGAAUGGUGACUUAAAAAACAUUUAUAAGGUGGUCGAGACUUUGUCCAUGAAUUUGAAAAUCCGAGAGGAAUAUGUCAUGCAAGUCUCUGGAUCCCAAACCAGCUUAGAAGGUAGAGAUGAAGAAAUUUGGGAACAUGAUGUGCGUUGCUUAGUAUCAUUUGGUAGAGGAUUUGCUUUUGGUUUUGGUGCCGGUACAAUCAUCCUUUUUGAAAAAGAAGGGCUACAUAAGUAUAAAAAAAGAAAUAUUUAUACUGUGCCACCACAAGUAUCAAAGGAAGACAAUGCAGAACUCUAUCGAAUUAACAGCAUAAAUGUUAAUAUCAGUUGUGAUCGAUUAAUCGUUACUACUGGAUGGUCUCAGCUUUUUAGAGCACAGCUGUGGGGUCCUGAUAUAAAUAUGGAUCCUGAGCCACAAGCUUUGAAACCUUUAGGACAGCAACUUCAUCACGGACCAAUAGUUGGGCUGUCAAUGUGCAGCUGGAAGCCAAUUUUUAUGACAUGCGGGGAAUCAGAUCGUACAGUGAGGAUGUGGGAUUAUGAGAAUGAGAGCUUAGUUAUGAUGAAACAAUACAUGGAAGAUAUUUACAGUGUAGCUAUACACCCUACAGGACACUUUUGCCUGGUUGGCUUCAGUGAUAAACUCAGAUUUAUGACCAUAUUAAUCGACGACCUGGUACCUAUGCAAGAAUUUCCUAUUCGAAAUUGUAAGAAUGUAAAAUUCAGUCACAAUGGGCAUCUAUUUGCCGCGGUGAAUGGAAAUAUAAUUCAAGUUUACACUACAAUUGGAUUCCGGAAUCCCUAUGUUCUCAGAGGGCAUACAGGAAGAAUCGAGGGUAUAACAUGGAGCCAAUCAGAUUUGAAAUUAGUCAGUGUGGGAUCAGAGGGAGCCAUUUAUGAAUGGGAUAUGACAACAGGACACCGAUGCGCAGAAGUAAUCUUGAAAGGCAUCAUUCUCAGCAGUGUAGUAUAUAUGGCCGAUGGAGUAACUACGUUCUGUAGUGGCAGCGAUAAUCAGCUGCGAGAAAUUAAGGAUAGCGUGGUGGUUCACGAAUACAGCAUUCCUGGGCGACAGAUUAUGUUCAUUAUAAUGGGGACAGCUGAUCUACUAAUGUUCGUCGCAUGUCCUGGAGGACUGAUACUAUCGCUCAAAUGUCCUCUACAGGAUCGAAUCGAAUAUGCAGAUUUUCACGUCCACUGUAACAAUAUUACCAAGAUGGCACUAUCCUAUGAUGAGCAAGUGAUGAUCUCUACUGGAAUAGAUGGAACGUUAUGUAUCUGGAAACUAUCAUUUACAGAAGGUAAAACUAGCCAACUCAAAAAAGAUUUCAGGUACAGUAGGGAGGUAUUAAUCAGCCGUGGAGAUCUUGAAGAAAAAAUACAGACAAUAAAGGAUCUUUCAACUCGAAUGCGAGAGCUAGAAACCGAGCAUGCCUACCAUAUGAGACAAACGGAAGUUCAACACAACGAUACAUUGCGGGAUGUUCAUCAGGGAUAUUGCGAAGCAAUUGAAGAACUAAAAGAGAAAAUUGACAAAUUACAAGAAGACCAGACUAACGAGCUGAAUAACAUUAAUGUAGAGAUAGUUAGAAUGAAGGCUGCGCACGAAGAAGCCCUGCAGCAGAUGGAGAUUAGCUAUGACUUGAAGUUGAUCACAGAAUAUGACAAGUAUCACACUUUUGAGGAACGUAAUAAUGAGAUGCGUGAAAGUUAUGAGAAACGGUUGGAGGAACUUGAAACCCACCGAGUAGAAGAGUUAGAGAAGCUGACAAUGUCAUACGAAGCCCAACUCCAUGAAAAAGGUAUUCAACGCGAAGAGGCAAAUGAGGAAAUGGCACAUCAAGUUCGAGUUCACGAAGAACUGAAACAGCAAAUAGAGAAUGAUGCAGAUCGCGAAAUAGUUCAAGUUCGCUCGAAUUAUGAAUCUCUAUUAUACGAAGAAAGACAAACUAGCCUUAAGUUGACUGGGGAAAUUGGGGUACAGCGUAACAAACUUACUGCUAGUCAAAAAGAAAUCGACGAAUUGAAAAGACAAGUUAUUCACCUACAGACUGAACUUGUUCAGUUCCAAACGGUUAUACAAAGUCUUGAAAAAGACGUUGCAGACCUCAAAAAAGAGAUAGUAGAAAGAGAUGUGACGAUUCAAGAUAAAGAACAACAGAUCUUUGACCUCAAGCGUAACAACCAGGAAUUGGAGAAGUUCAAAUUCGUGCUGGAUUAUAAAAUUCGGGAACUGAAAAACCAAAUAGAGCCCAGGGAUAAAGAGAUCAAGGAUUUGAAAGAAAAAAUACAAAAUAUGGAGACAGAAUUAGUAAACCUCCAUAAAACCAAUGUUAGCUUGGAACUGCAAUUGCAUGAGUUGAGAGAAAAGUUAUCCAGCGCCCAACAUGAGAUUCGAACAGAACUACAGCGGAAUAGAAAAUCCCAGCUACUAUUGAGGAAUAUUCGAACUGAUUUAAUGGAUACAGUAAAUCUCAUACAGGAGCCCAAUGCUUUAAAAAUAGCUGUAAAGAACCUCUAUCACAGAUAUAGUGACAAGGACGAGUUCUUGCGAAAUCGUGCUGCUGAUUUGGAAGCUCAGUGUGAAUUUAUGAGACAAAGGGACCAUUUAGAGAGAACUGUUAAAUCUUUACAAAGGCAAGUACAUCAUGAAGACUCCAGCAGCAAUAAAGAUGUGGAUAAAAUAAUGGAUGAAAACAUAAUGCUGAUGAUGGAGCUGAACGCCUUGAGGAAAGAACUUAAUGGGGCACACAAACAUGUAUCAGAUAUGGAGACCUUGCUGGGAUUAACGGGUAAUGAAAUGAAUCCAAAGGAAGCGAAAAAUAAGCUUGCACAAGCUUGCCAUGGUCAUAUGCUACUGCAAAAUAGUUACAAGUCUCAAAUGCGGGAUUGUGAAAACAUGGUACAAGUAUUGAAAGAUGACAUUAAGAGACUCAUAGCAAAGCUACCUCCUGAUAGCCCUGAAAUAUCUAGAAAACCGUUUUGAAUUCAAAAACUUGAUUUUAGUUCAAUCAAUCCAACUGGUUAUAAAUAGAAUUGUGGAAAAUGCCUACCAGAACUAAGGAAGAUAAGAUCGACCGUAUGUAAGAUAAAAUCUUAGAAGUUCAACAUCACUAUGCUAAUCGAUAAGAGAUCUUUAUAUACUCAAUUUAUUCCUAUAACUUGACCUAAAUGUCGCAUUGAGAAUUGCUUAAUAUACUGAUUAGUUAAGUAUCAUCUGUUUUAAAUUUAUGCUGUUGGAAUUUAGUAUCAAAACAUGAUACUUUGACUACUCGAUAGAUAAACGAUCUGAUGGCUCUGAUUUAUCGGGGCUCAAUUAUGUAAAAUCAUUGGUUGGUAUUGAUAUAAAAGUUUUGUUUAUUAUAUAGCAACAGCAACUACAAGUCCUGUGGAAUGCUCUGCGCAGUCAGAGAUCAUUGGGGCUUCAAAUUAGAAAAAAAAACAAAAACUAAUA